AAAAAAUUUGAUAUUAUUAGGAAAAAAAAAAAAUUUUAAAAACUGUGAGUGUAAAAUUGUAUAAAUUUAUCUUUACUUGAGUAGAGAAUUUAAGUACGAUCGAAUAAUAUACAAGAAGCCAGGAGAAAAUUGAGAAAAAAGGUUUUAAUGAAUCCAAUGAGUUGUGUUAUUUUUUUUAAUUUUGAUUUGAGAUGAAUGGUCUCUGAGUGUAAUAUUGCCACAAGGAAGAUUACAUCAGGCGAACGACCAAUUGAUGUUAUUUAAUCAAAUAGGAAACACUUGUGCCUUUUUCUGAUGCAAUAUAACGGGCCAAUUUGCUAGUGGUUUUCAUUGUGAAUAUCAUAUUCAAUUGUUUCUACAAUAUGAAUGCUUUUAGAAUUUUACAAAAAGCUGGAUCUACUUCUAAUAGACGAGGAAAUCGAUUUUUUAAAAGACCUCAUUGCUCCGCUAAUUGGAAAAUGCCUGGGCAAUUGGAAGAAGUCAAGGGGAAGCGAGCAACUUUUGGCAUGGGUUGCUUUUGGGCGGGAGACUCUUUAUUUGGAGCAACACCUGGUGUAAUUCGCACUUGCGUCGGUUAUGCUGGUGGUAGCAAGGAAAAUCCAACCUACAGAAAUAUUGGAGAUCACACGGAAGUCAUUGACAUUGAAUAUGAUCCUGAAAUCAUUUCGUUUUGUCAGCUUCUUCAUUUAUUCUGGAACAAUCAUGAAUACGGUUUAACUAGAAAAAUUAAGACCCAGUACAUGUCAUUGAUUUUGUACCACGACGAAGAACAGAGGAUAUCAGCUGAAAAGUCACGAGACCACGAGCAAAGAGAGCGUGGCGAACAAUUGAUAACUAAAAUUAAGGAAUUUCAAAAGUUUUAUCCAGCCGAAGACUAUCAUCAAAAAUAUCGAUUGCAAGAUCAUCCAUGGCUUCUUGAAACUCUUGGAAUUACAAAUUCAGAAUUAUUAAGAACAUCGCCAAUUGCGGCAAAACUUAAUGGAUAUUUAGCUGGUGCAGUGUCUUACGAACAAUUUAAAGAAGAUCUACCACGACUUGGUUUUAGUGAAAAAGUAGUUGAAUACGUUAGCAAAAUUGUUAUUGAAAAACAAAAUAGUGGCUUAUACUGUUAGCAUAUUUAUGUGCAAAUUAUGUCCACCAAUUUUGUUUUAAUUACUAAUACGACGUAGGCAAAUUCCGAAUUCUUUUCAAUAUCGAAUUUUUUGCCUGAUUACAUUUUAAUUCGAAAAAUGUUGUGAGUAGUGGAGAUAUCUUUAUAUUAUUAGUAAUUAAUUCCAGAUUACGUAUUUUAGAAAUAAAGGAAAUUUAAUAUUUUGUCAAUAAAGAUAUCUUACUGCGUAAAAAACUUUAAAAAUAAAUUAUCAAUAAAUCGAAUAGUAUUUGAAUAGGCAUCUAUGUAAUUGAUAUAGAUUGCUUCAUUUAGCGAUCAAGAUAAUAGAAUUUAGAAACAAAAAAAGAAGAUAUAAUCUCUUUGAUUAUGUCUUUUGUUUUUAAAUGAUUGGUAGUUGAACCAAUGAUGAUAAUAAAUAUAAUUCAUUUUA